UUUUUAAUCCCACAAAAAAUUGUGUUUACAAUUUUCUCAGGUUCUUUCAAACAUUUUAGGAACUUUAGUUUCCCCAAGAAAGGCUAAGUCAACAUCCGAUUUUUGACGUGCUUCUUUUGAGUCACAACAUUUUGGAACACAGGCCAACACAAAAUCCUAACUAUUUGCUGCUUGCCGUGAGAUGAAUCAGGUUUGGGUCUUCUUCAAGCUCAUUGAGGUGCUGCUGGGCAGUGUGUGCAUGUUCUUCCACAUUCGCGGCUCGACGUACUGGCCCGAGCGUACUCCGCACGUGAUCCUCUACUGCGCCACCUUUCUGUCCUUCUCAGUGCUCGCCGCCCUGGGGGCAUUCCGGUUGAUGCUGACCCGGAGUUCGGUGCUCUCCUCGCAGCUCCUGCUCACUCUGAGCGCCGUGAUCGCGCACUACAUCUGCGGCGUGCUGAUAAUGCGGACCGCCCUGCAGGACCCGCACCUGCCCGCCAUCAACUCCAGCAUCGAGUACUUGAGCCACCCGCACUUCGCGUACUGCAAGCAGCAGAGCAUCGCUGCGCUGAUCACGGGCACCAUGUACUUGAUGCACAUGUUCCACGUCGUCGACCUGCUGAUGCGCUUGGAGCCGGGCGACUGGCGGCGCCAGGCGACAGGAGGCAAGUUUUCCGACAGUUCGGAGGUUGAAGCGGGUCGCGUUGCCGGCCUGUUCGUGCUCUCCAAGCCGGUGGACGACUUUCUGUGCAGCUGCUGUCGCUGCUACCUAAAGCUGGCCUACUCGCAGCCCCUGCGCUUCCGGCUGAACGCGGAGACGGAGGAGUCGCACUUUGUGGCCCGCUUGUGGCAUUUUUUGGGGGAGGUGCGUAGGAAGUUCUUUUCCUUACAUCACGUCGGCAGCGACGAGAGUUUCCUGUCCACGCCGACUAUAACCAGCAGUGACUCGGACAUCAUGUCGGUGGUCACCGAGUAUUUGGUUUCCAUGGAGGAGCAGGCCGGCAAACGCCACAGAUCCGUUUUCACCUGGCGUGGCACCAGCGACUCCUCUAGCCUGUGGGCCCAGAUCGAGGACAGAAGCAGUCUCAAUCUCAGCCCACCUUCAGCCAGGUCGAGUCAGAGCAGCGAAGUCACAAUGAGACCGAGUGGAAUGGAUCGCAGGUUGAACCGGCGGUCAAACGCCUGGUCCGACUCCGAGCCAAGGGAGAAGUCUGAGAUCCUGCUGGUGGAGCAGGGUUCGAGUUACUCUCGCCGCAGAACGUUGAGCAGUGCUGAGACGCUCCAAAAGCCAAGACAUGAUGCAUCAGUUAAGGAGACGGAUAAAGAACCACACAGGGAGUCGACAAAAUCAACACGAGAUGAAAGCCAAGUUAGGGACACAGGUGAAAAAUUCCGUAACAUGUCAACCAAGUCAGAAGAAGACAGGGAACAAAAUUUUGAGGAUGCACGCGAUGAAACAAAAAGAAAUAAUGCAGACCAGAAGUAAUUACGAAACACGAGGAAUCUCAGGAACUCUCAUCAAUAAUAAGAUAACCAACCUAAGCGUUAGAAACGAA